AUGGCGGCGGGAGUAGCGGCAUGGCUUCCCUUUGCCCGGGCGGCAGCUAUCGGCUGGAUGCCUGUGGCCAAUUUGCCCAUGCCAGUGGCGCCUGCUGAGAAGAGCAAGCGGCGGGAGGAGCUUAUCAUUCUUAAUGUUAGUGGACGGCGCUUCCAGACAUGGAGGAACACGUUGGACCGCUAUCCGGACACCCUGCUGGGCAGCUCAGAGAAGGAGUUCUUCUACAACGAGGAGACCAAAGAGUACUUCUUUGACCGGGACCCUGACUUGUUCCGCAGUGUGCUCAACUUCUACCGCACUGGCAAGCUCCACUACCCACGCUACGAGUGCAUCGCCUCGUAUGAUGAGGAGCUGGCGUUCUUUGGCAUUCAGCCAGAGAUCAUUGGUGACUGCUGCUAUGAAGAGUACAAGGACAGGAAGAGGGAGAACGCAGAACGUCUGAUGGAUGAUCAGGAGGACAACAAGGACAACAAGCCGCCCAACAUGACCUGCAGGGAGACCAUGUGGCGGGCUUUUGAGAACCCCCACACCUCCACCAUGGCCCUAGUCUUCUACUAUGUCACUGGCUUCUUCAUCGCUAUUUCUGUCAUCACAAAUGUUGUGGAGACAGUCCCCUGCGGCUUGGUGCCAAACCAGAAGGAAGUUCCAUGUGGCGUACGCUACACUGUGGCCUUUUUCUGCAUGGACACGGCCUGCGUUAUGAUUUUCACCGUGGAGUACCUGAUGCGCUUGUUUGCUGCGCCCAGCCGCUACCGAUUCAUGAGGUCGGUCAUGAGCAUCAUUGAUGUGGUGGCAAUCUUGCCCUAUUACAUUGGCCUGGUGAUGACUGACAAUGAGGAUGUGAGCGGUGCUUUCGUGACCCUCAGAGUUUUCCGCGUGUUCCGUAUCUUUAAGUUCUCCCGUCACUCGCAGGGCCUGCGCAUCCUGGGCUACACGCUGAAGAGCUGUGCCUCCGAGCUGGGCUUCCUGCUCUUCUCCCUCACUAUGGCCAUAAUUAUCUUUGCUACGGUUAUGUUCUACGCAGAGAAGGGUUCAACCUCCAGCAAAUUCACCAGCAUCCCAGCCUCCUUCUGGUACACCAUUGUUACUAUGACAACGCUCGGGUACGGAGACAUGGUUCCUAAGACCAUUGCGGGGAAGAUCUUUGGCUCGAUCUGCUCUCUGAGCGGGGUGCUGGUAAUCGCCCUGCCUGUCCCCGUCAUCGUGUCCAACUUUAGUCGCAUCUAUCACCAGAACCAGAGAGCAGACAAGCGGCGGGCACAGAAAAUGCAGAAAGCCCGCUUGGCCAGGAUACGAAUAUCUAGGGAGGGAACCUCCAGCGCCUUCCUCCACAGCAAGCGCAACGGCCUGUUCAACGAAGUCCUGGAGCUCACGAACUCUGAGGAGGAUCAGCGGUUAAGUAAGUCGACUUCUCUAUUAGAGAGCCAGCACCACCACCUGCUGCACUGUCUGGAGAAAACCACUAACCACGAGUUUGUGGAUGAACAGUAUUACCAGCAGAGCUACCUGGAGGCGGGGAUGCAAAACUACCCAUCUCAAAGCCCCUCCCUCUCCAGCCGAGAAGGUGUGACCGGCACCUGCUGCACCCGCCGGAGCAAGAAGCACCACACCCCUUUACAGAACGCCAGCGGCCCAGCGCACAUGCAGCCUUUGACGCACACACACCAACAAGGUUUGCAGGAGCUCAGCACCAUCCACAUCAGCACCAGUCGCUCCAGUCUGAACAUGCGCGUGGACGAACCAGGAGCCCUGAACUGCCAGAGCAGCCAGAUCACCACAGCAAUCAUCAGCAUUCCCACACCGCCCGUGACGACCCCUGAUGGCGACGCUCACCUGCCGGUGGGCCCCACCUACCAGAACGUUGUGAAGGUGUCCGCACUGUGA